UUAUUUAAUCUCUUUUCCCUGGAACAACCUCACGGCCUUGUACCGUGAAAUGUCGCGAGAACUCCUGAGCCUCCGCGGCUCGAGGCGAAGAGGGGGCGGCCCAUACCCACUGAGGGGAGUGGCCGCGGCUUCAGUACAUCCGGGCCCUUCUUCUCGCUUCGUCUCCGGUCGGGGCCGACUUCCUCCAGCCGCUGUUAGUGGGCCGGGAGGGGGGGCGCUUGCUCCCCCGCAACUGGUGUUGGGGGGACCAUGUCUGGCCCCGGGGUAGCCUCGGUCGCAGGAGCCGGAGGAGCGAGGGGUGGCGGGGCCCCUGCGGAGUGGGGAGCCUUCGAGGACAAUAUGCAGGGUGGGGGCUCUGCUGUGAUUGACAUGGAAAAUAUGGAUGACACGUCUGGCUCUAGUUUUGAAGACAUGGGUGAAAUGCACCAGCGCAUGAAGGAAGAGGAAGAGGUGGAUGCAGAAGCUGCAGCUGCUGAUGAAGAAGAUGGAGAAUUCUUGGGGAUGAAGGGCUUUAAGGGACAGUUGGGUCGGCAAGUUGCUGACCAGAUGUGGCAGGCUGGAAAAAGACAAGCCUCAAAGGCUUUCAACCUGUAUGCCAACAUUGAUAUCCUCAGGCCCUACUUUGAUGUUGAGCCAAUCCAAGUUCGGAACAGGUUGUUGGAGUCCAUGAUACCAGUGAAGAUGAUUAAUUUUCCCCAGAAGAUAGCUGGUGAGCUUUAUGGUCCUCUCAUGCUGGUCUUCACACUAGUUGCCAUCUUGCUGCAUGGAAUGAAGACAUCAGAUACCAUCAUUAGAGAAGGCACACUGAUGGGUACAGCCAUUGGUACCUGCUUUGGUUACUGGCUUGGCGUCUCCUCCUUCAUCUACUUCCUUGCAUACUUAUGCAAUGCUCAGAUCACCAUGGUACAAAUGUUGUCACUACUGGGCUAUGGCCUUUUUGGACAUUGUGUCACCCUCUUUAUCACCUACAACAUCCACUUUCACUCCCUUUUUUAUAUCUUCUGGCUGGUGAUCGGUGGCCUCUCCACACUACGAAUGGUUGCUGUGUUGGUGUCGCGCACUGUGGGGCAUACUCAGCGACUUAUCUUAUGUGGUGCUCUUGCUGCCCUGCACAUGCUCUUCCUUCUUUAUCUGCACUUUGCUUAUCACAAGGUUGUAGAAGGUAUCCUGGACACAUUGGAAAGACCCAACAUCCCACCCUUUCAGAGAGUUGCCAGAGACAUUCCAGUUGUUUCCUCUGCUGGACUGAACAUAACAGCCAGAGCAGUGGCACUGACCUCAUAGCCUUACAGACUCCCAUGUGCUCUCCCUGCCUCUACGUAGGUCAUCUAUUCUGCUGAUGUUACCAGAGAAAAGGGACAAAGUACCAGAAACAGGACUUGGCUUAAUCUUCAGAUCUCCUCUUGGAAGGGAGGGCAGAGAGCUCCCAGCAUGUUCCAGAGGAGCCACAUUUUUCUGGCUUUGGCCCAACUGUGCUGGGCAGAGCUAUUCUCCUGGCCUGUGCACAUUUAGCUGGGAUUGUGUAGUUAGGUUUUUGUUUUGUUUUUCCCAUACACUCUUUGUGCUUGCUCGUGUCUCUUCAGCCUGUGUACUUGUACUCCUCUCCUUUGCCGGGUGAAGAAUUAAAUUAAAUGGAUGUUGGUUCUAAGCAAUCUCUUCCAUCGGACCCUGAUCAUAAAUAAACAAGAGCAGACAUUUA